ACGCACGCUUUUCUGUUGUUUAUUUUGGAACUUGUCGUCGUCGUCGUCGUCGUUGCUGUUAUUUAAAUUAUAUUUAUCGUCGUUUGCCAUUUGUUAUUGUUGUUGUUAUUAUUGUUAAUAUUAUUACUGUCGUUGUUGAACAUAAUGUCGCCUAAGCGUUGCAAAAAUCCAGUUAACAAUCAUUUCAUUUACAACGACGAGACCCACAAAAGCACAUGCAAAGUAUGCCUGUUCGAUAUGGCCGGCAGGCACUCGGAGAACCUGAUGCGCCAUCUAAAGCGCAAACACCCGGCCACGUACGCCGAGGUGAUGCUAGAGAAGCAGCGCCGUCGAUCAGCCAAUGCGAACCGAUCCGGCUCAGCCGAUACGGGCCCAUUGUCAUCUAUGUUCAAAUUCGAGACGCAGCCACACAAACUGUUUAUCAAAUCGGAAAAGUUGGUAUUCAGACUUGAUGAGCCGGGUCAACCGCAGAUGCCCGUGCCGGAGGUAUGCCCCAAUGACGACGACACCUCCAGUGGCAAUGGCCAAUUCGAGACUGUGGACAUUGGCAAGGAGGAGCUGUGCGAAGUGGUCCAUUCACCGGAUGGCCUGAACGAUUCCAGCGAAUCCUACAUGUAUCCCGACGAGGAUCCAUUUCAUGCCACUGUGGGAUCGCACGCCUCAACAUCGUCGGCCCCGGGCCAAUGCAAUGCCAAUGCCUUGACCCAUUCGCUGCAAGCGGCCAACGAUAACGCCAGCUUCCUGCAAUACCUGAACGCCAAGCUCAGCAAAUACAGCUUGCAUACCAAAUACACUAUACAAUAUGAAAUAAAUCGUAUAUUGUAUAAGGCCGAUAUGGGUUGCUACGAUAAUGCCGAUGCCUCCAAGUUGCCCGAUUUGCUACCCUAAGGUAGUCAAACUCGAUUGAGUCUAAUUUAGAAGAACAUGCCAAUUAUAUUUCG